AUCCGUUUAAAACAGCUUAUUGAGCUUGUAGACCUGCGCGCCGGGAUGUCAACCACAGCCAGCCCGGACGCUGAGAUGCCGCCCCAGCCCAGCAAGGCCCAGGCCGUGGCACCCGCGAGCCUGGCGCCUCCGUGCUCCGCAUCUCUUUCUGCUACCUUCGUGCCUCCCCUGAACGUGCGGGCCAAGCUGCUGCCCCUGGAGAAGCUGUCCGUGACCCCAGAAAGGGACAGCCUGUCAUCCUACAUCUGGUCUGAGAACAGUGAGGAGGUGAUCAGGUCCGCAGAAAAGCCCCUGGAGGAAGCCCACCUCGACCGACCCUCCUGGGCCAAUAAAAUGGAGUACCUGCUGGCCCAGGUGGGCUUCUCGGUGGGGCUGGGCACCAUCUGGCGCUUCCCUUACCUGUGUUUCCACAACGGACGUGGGAGCUUCCUCAUCAUAUACCUGCCCAUGCUGUUCCUGCUCGGGGUGCCGCUCCUCUUCCUGGAGAUGGCCACUGGCCAGAGGCUGCGCCAGGGCAGCGUCGGCGUGUGGAAGGGCAUCAGCCCUUGGAUUGGCGGUGUGGGAUACGCCAGCAUCAUGGUCUGCAUCAUCGUGGGGCUCUACAACAGCAUGCUCAUGGCGUGGAGUCUCUUCUACUUCCUGCAGUCCUUCCAGAAUCCGCUGCCCUGGCAGCUGUGCCCCAUGGUGAAUAGCAGCAAAGCAGAUCCGGAAUGUGCCCAGACCACCUCCACCAUUUACUUCUGGUACCGGAAAAUGCUGAAUGCGUCUGACGAGAUCCAGCCCGAUGGCCUGCCAGUCCUGCAUCUCAGCAUGUCGCUCUUCCUGACCUGGGCCAUCGUCUGCAUCUCCAUGAUCAGAGGGCUCCGGUCCACGGGGAAGAUGCUGUACGUGUCGGUCUCCCUCUCCUACGUCAUCCUCUUCUGCCUCCUCAUCCGGAGCCUGCUGCUGGAAGGCUCACAGUACGGUCUCCAGCGUUUGCUCAACGCUGAGGCAAAAGCCCUGUACUCCAUGGAGGUGUGGCGCCGGGCCGGGAACCAGCUGUUCCUGUCCACGGGCCCCGGCUUCGGCAUCUUCACCGCCAUCAGCUCCUACGUCCCUCGGUCCAACAACUGUGUCGGUGACGCCUUCUUUGUGGCUCUUCUCAACCUGGCCGCGUCCCUGACCACCACGGUGGUCGUGUUUGCCAUCUUGGGCCACCUGGCCACCGUGAACACCAGCAAGUGUUAUGUGAAGAACGCCCAAACAGUGGUGGAGCUGGUGGCUGCUGGGACCCUGCCCCCAGAGGCCCUGCCGCCCAAGUAUCUGGAACAGAAUCCCAGCUACAACUACGAGAAGUGGAUCGAGGCCCUCCCCAGAAAUAUCAGAACUAAGGUCUUCCAACACGUGAUCCAUUGCAGCUUGCCUCAGGCAUUCAGUGACGUGAUGGAGGGUCCAGGCGUGGCCUUCGUGUCAUUUACCGACCUCAUCUCUGAGUUUACCGGCCCCACCUUCUGGGCCAUGAUCAUCUUCCUGAUGCUGGUCAACAUGGGGCUGAGCAGCAUGCUGGGGCUCAUGCAGGGGGUCAUCACCCCGCUGCAGGACACCUUCAGCAGCCUCAGGAAGCACACCAAUCUGCUGACAGUGGGGGUCUGUCUGCCCAUGUUCCUGGGGAGCCUCAUCUUCACAAGGCCCUCGGGCAGCUACCUGGUGAACCUGCUGGACGAUUACUGGGCCUCGCUGCCCCUCUUCUUCAUCGUCAUCGUGGAGAAUGUCGCCAUAGCCUGGGUCUACGGGGCCAGGAGGUUCCUGGCCGAUGUCAUUGUCAUGCUGGGCCGGGCCCUGUCGCCCGUGUACCACUGGCUGUGGUGCUGUGUGUCUCCAGUGGUGCUGCUCAUCCUGUUCGUGACCACGUUGAUCCAUUUGAGUGUGAAACCCACCAGCUACAUGGCCUGGGACUCUGGCAUCUCAAAUGAGGUGAAGCGAGAGUACCCACAGUGGGCCAAUGAGCUGCUCGUGGCUCUGAUCGUCAUGGCCAUCCUGCCCGUCCCUGCCUACUUCCUGUGCGUCCUCAUCAAAACGGCCUUCAAGACCCACUCGAGCAGCGCGAUCAUCUUCAGACCCAAAGCCGUCGAGGACUCGCCGAGGCCUCACUCAUGGAUUAAGAAGAGACAAAUCCCAAAGAUGGGUAAAAAUGUGGAUAAGUAACCGGCGAAUAAUAAUAACAAUAAUAAAGAUUUGGUUCACUUGGCAUCACCUCA